UAGGAGGUUGAUGGAGGAAGCAACACAUUCUAUGGAAGAUUUACUGCUGGUAUUCUGGAUUACACAUUGAAAUCAUUACAUGCCCUUACCUCUUUUGUAGAGGCUGGAAAUUCAUCUGUCUCAUCUCAUGACAAUGACGUGAGGGGGAAACUGGUUCCCUAAGCUUUUUUACAUCCUAGAGUUGGAAGGGGAUCCAUUUCAGCGGCAUGAUAUGAUCAUUGCGUAAAGAGAGUGAAAACUGACACUUAGUGAUAUUGGUGUGAGAUUUGUUGGGAGGAUUAAUUUUGGCAUAUACACUGCAAAAAGUGGCUCAUUUAGCAGGAUCUCAAGACGGGGAAGAUUAUUGGUGGAGGGCAUGAAGUUGGUGGACUUUAUUACUUGGAUCGAUGUGGUUCUUCCCGUUUAGUGGCUUCUCAUUUGUCUAUCUCGCCUCUUCAGCAUCAUUGUCGCCUUGGUCAUCCAUCUCUCAAGAAUUUGAAGUCAUUAGUUCCGUCGUGUCGUCAAAUUGAGUCUUUACAAUGUGAAGCACGAUCUAAAGAAGGCAUCAGUUUAUCAUAGAGGAAGUAUGUGUUGGAUAUUUUGAAAGAAACUGGCUUGUUAGGGUCUAGACCAGUGAAGACUCCUAUGGAUCCUAAUGUCAAAUUGUAUGAAGAUCAGGAGGAGCUGUUAUCUAAUCCUGAGAGAUAUCAUCGUUUGGUUGGUAAACUAAAUUAUCUUACAAUUACUCGCCCAGAUAUAUCAUUUGCAGUUAGUGUUUUGAGCCAGUUUAUGAAAGAUCCUUGCCUUCCACAUUGGGAGGCAGUUAUUCGAAUUGUGAGGUAUCUUAUAGCACAUCCAGACCGUGGUCUUUUGUAUAAAGCUAAUGGUCACCUACGGGUAGAAGCUUACACUGAUGCUGAUUGGGUUGGAUCACUGUUAGAUAGAAAAUCCACUAUUGGGUAUUGCACUUUUCUGGGAGGAAAUCUGAUUACUUGGAGAAGUAAGAAACAAACUGUUGUUGCCAGGUCUAGUGCAGAGGCUGAGUAUAGAGCCAUGGCACACACAUCAUGUGAGCUUAUGUGGAUUAAGCAUUUACUUGAGGAAUUAAGAUUUGUUGUGAAGCUGCCUAUGACUAUGCAUUGUGAUAAUCAAGCAGCAAUUUACAUUGCCUCCAAUCCUGUGUUCCAUGAGCGAACCAAGCAUAUUGAAGUAGAUUGUCAUAUUACUCAGGAGAAAGUAGAAGAUGGUGUAAUUGUUACUUCGUAUGUUUCUACAAGAGUCUAGAUUGUUGAUAUGUUUACUAAAGCUUUAUGUAAGACUUGUUUGGGUUUAUUAUGUAAUAAGCUAGGAUUGCAUGAUAUAUACUUUCCCGCUUGAGGGGGAGUGUUAUGAG